CAAUGAAACAAGAGAGUGUGUGUGUGUGUGUGUGCGUGCUAUGCAGACCUGCCAUGAACAUGACACAUUCGUAGAUGUUUUCCUAAUACUGGUGAUAUUACCGAGUGUGCGGAAAUAAGAAUGCUGGUACGGAAAUUCUAUAUUUAACGGAUCCGGAUUCGCGUCGGUGCCACACCCCGGGAGCGCGCGGCACUGACUCACGCACCCACCGUGACUGUUUCACGGUGACCGAUAGGAUUCUGCGUAUAUUUCCGUACGUCCGUGAUCUCAGGAAGGAGAAGAGAAAGGAGAUUGCCAUCAACAAGAACUGAUCGUGCAUACACCGGAAUUAGCAAAAAUGGGAGAGGCGGAGACGCGUCAGCGAUUACUGCGCAGCGUGAAAAAGGAGGUGAAGCAAAUCAUGGAGGAGGCUGUGACUCGGAAAUUUGUACACGAGGAGAGCAGCCACAUCAUUUCUUUCUGUGCUGUUGUGGAAGCUUGCGUGUUGCACGGGCUGAAGAGGCGUGCUGCUGGCUUCCUGCGCAGUAACAAGUUGGCAGCACUCUUCCUGAAGGUGGGGAAAAUCUUUACACCAGCUGAGGAUCUGUGCAAGAAAGUGCAGGAACUGGAACAGCUCAUUGAAAACAAUUCUAGACAGAUCCAAUCUCAGACGAGUCAAGACGGUAUCCGUAAGCAGUCACGGAUUCCCAACCUCUCCCCUCAAGCCAUCAAACAUUUGUGGAUCCGCACGGCGCUGACAGAGAAAGUUCUUGACAAGAUUGUUCUAUACUUGGUGGAGAACAGCAGUAAAUUCUAUGAGAGAGAAGCUUUGCUGAGGGAUCCUGUUGAUGGACCAAUCCUUGCAUCGUUACUGGUUGGUCCUUGUGCUCUGGAGUAUACAAAAGCAAAGACAGCUAACCACUUUUGGACAGAUCCUUCAGCUGACGAGCUGGUGCAGAGACACCGUAUUCACAGUGGCCACUGCCGCCAAGACUCACCCACCAAGCGCCCUGCUCUGAUCCAGAAAAGGCAGUCGAGUGGUAGCAUGGAUGACAGACCCUCCCUGUGGGCUCGGGAUUAUGUGGAAUCACUCCAUCAGAACUCCAGAGCCACACUGCUGUUUGGCAAGAAUAAUGUUCUAGUCCAGCCAACAGAUGACAUGGAAGCGAUUCCAGGAUACCUCUCUCUCCAUCAGACUGCAGAGCUAAUGACACUAAAGUGGACACCGAACCAGCUGAUGAAUGGCAACAUGGGAGAUUUUGAUUAUGAAAAAAGUGUGUACUGGGAUUAUGCAAUGACCAUACGUCUAGAGGAAAUUGUCUACUUGCAUUGCCAUCAACAAGUGGACAGUGGCGGCACUGUCGUGUUGGUGAGCCAAGAUGGGAUCCAGAGGCCUCCAUUCCGUUUUCCAAAAGGAGGCCAUCUGCUGCAGUUCCUCACGUGUCUGGAGACAGGACUUCUUCCACAUGGCCAGCUUGAUCCUCCUCUCUGGUCCCAGCGGGGAAAGGGAAAGGUUUUCCCAAAAUUACGGAAAAGAAGUCCACACAGCUCCUGCGAGUCAUUUUCUGACAAGGAUGAGGAUGAAGCAACAGAUUAUGUGUUUCGGAUAAUAUAUCCAGGAAGUCAGGAGUUCGUUGGUCCAGAGCUGAUAGACCAGAACAUGACCAUGUGGCAGCCUGCUCCAAGGAAGGCUUCUUGUUCCUCUUGCUCUCAGAAUGGUUCUUCUGAAGGUGGACUUCUCAAUGGGUGCAAUCAUGACAGGGCUCCACUGAAGUUACUUUGUGAGACCAUGAAGUACCAGAUAAUUUCUCGUGCCUUCUAUGGCUGGUUGGCCUACUGUCGUCACCUGUCCACUGUCCGCACACAUCUGUCUGCUCUGGUCAAUCCCACUAUUAUUGAGCCUGACAUUCCUUAUGAUGCCAGACGAGGGCUCACUGCAGAAGUGUGGAAGACAUUUCUUCAGGAUAGUUCUGCUUACGAAGAGGCAGAACUUCUCCGGCUUGUGUACUAUGGUGGUGUAGACCCUAACCUGCGUAAGGAGGUGUGGCCUUUCUUGCUAGGCCACUACCACUUCACUAUGACUCCUGAUGAGAGAAAGGAGGUUGAUGACCAUGUUCGAGCCUGUUAUGAGCAAACCAUGAGUGAGUGGCUGGGUUGCGAAGCCAUAGUGAGGCAACGUGAGAAGGAGCAACAUGCUGCUGCCCUUGCCAAGUGUGCCUCUGGAGCAAGUGUAGAUCUACGACAGGACUCCACUAUCAGCACAGAUUCAUCCCAGAGCUGCAGCUCAGAGAAACAGAGCAACGCCUGUUCCCAGAGUGACUCUAACAGUAGCACUCAGGUGUUUGGGUCUGUUGAUGAGGUUGAUCCAAUCGAAUCUGAACCUAAACCGAAAGAUGAGAAGCCCCAGCCCAAAAUUCCAAACGGUGCUCUUCCCAACUGCACUAGUUCCCCAGACUCUGGACAUCCAUCCUCUCGCAACUUCUCAGUCACAUCAGGACUCUCAGAUUGCUCUCCAAGCACAGAAGAUGCUUCAACACAAGAGAAUGGGACCAAAAUUAAACUACCAGAGCAAUCAGCAGUAUCUACUGAAGUUACUUCCAACUCUAGCGUUGAAGACAAGCUCAAAGAAGAAUCAGCAGAACAGAGCUCACUGGUGCAUGGCACAGGGAAGGGGGAUCUCAUCAAAUCACCUACAGGAGCUCUUCCUCCAGAAGCUGAGAUGAUCAAUGCUCAGGAAAAUGAGAAGGUAGAAAAUUCAGAUGCCAAAGAAGUUGAAAAAUCUGAGUUGAAUGUUUCUGAAACAGCAGAAAGCACAAUUUCCGAGCAUUCUGAACACAAUGCUAAACCUUCAGAUAGCAAUGAGAAAAGCAAGCAAAUACUUCAAUCACCAGAGGAUAUUGCUGAAGAGACCACCAAAUCCUUAGAGGAAAUGAGGGACUCUCAAAUGUUGGUUGAACCUGAGAUAAACACAGAGUUUAUUAAUGACAGUCAAGACAAUUCUAAGGAAAAUAUUCCUUUGCUAAUGCAAACAAAAAAAGGAACACCUACCAUGUGUGAUCCUCACAGAGCACUGACUAAAGUGUAUUCUGUAGAAGAACCAAAAAACAAUGAUACAAGCCCAUCUGUAAAUGCUAAAGAAAUCAUAAAGUCAGAGAUGACCAGUGCACCUCACAUGGAUUCUUUAGAAAAAGAAACACAGCCUAUUCAACCUCUUACUGAAUCAGAGAUCACCAGUGCUCCUCACUUGGAUUCUUUGGAAAAAGAGACAAAGUCUCCACAACGUUUUGCAGAAUCAGAGAUGACCAGUUCCCCUGUCAUGGAGCCUUCAGAAAAAGAAAUGAAGCCUCCUCAGCCUUUCUCUGAAAUGACCGGUGCCCCUGACACAGAGCCUUUGGAAAAAGAAACACAGCUUCCUCAAACUCUUUCUGAAACAGAGAUGACCAGUGCCCCUGACAUGGAUCCUUUGCAAAAAACAGAAAUAAAGCCUCCUCAAUCCCUUUUUGAAUCAGAGAUGACCAGCAACUCUCACGUGGAGCCUUCAGAAAAAGAAACAAAGUCUCCUCAACCUCUUUCUGAAUCAGAGAGGACCAGUGACUCCCACCAUGAGCCUUUGGAAAAAACACAGCUUCCCCAACCUCUUUCUGAAACAGAGAUUACCAGUGUCUCAGAGAACGAGCCUAUGGAAAAAGAAAUUAAGCCUCCUCAACCUCUUUUUGAAUCAGAUAUGUCCAGUGCCCCUGACAUGGAGCCUUUAGAAGAAACAGAAAUAAAGCCUCCUCAACCUCUUUUUGAAUCAGAUAUGUCCAGUGCCCCUGACAUGGAGCCUUUAGAAGAAACAGAAAUAAAGCCUCCUCAACCUCUUUUUGAAUCAGAUAUGUCCAGUGCCCCUGACAUGGAGCCUUUAGAAAAAACAGAAAUAAAGCCUCCUCAACCUCUUUUUGAAUCAGAUAUGUCCAGUGCCCCUGACAUGGAGCCUUUAGAAAAAACAGAAAUAAAGCCUCCUCAACCUCUUUUUGAAUCAGAUAUGUCCAGUGCCCCUGACAUGGAGCCUUUAGAAAAAACAGAAAUAAAGCCUCCUCAGCCCCUUUGUGAAUCUGAGAUGACCAGCAGCUCUUAUGUGGAGCCUUCAGAAAAAGAAACAAAGUCCCCUCAACCUUUCUCUGAAUCAGAAGACAUUGAGUUAAUAAUGAGCAAUCCAUAUAAUGCUGACAAGUCAGAUAUGAAAUCUAAACUGAACUGGCCCUAUGAUUCCAGCAGAACUAAGGCACUGUUGAAACAAAUGAAUGAACCUAUGCGUGAAAGCUGUAUUUCCAUUAUGUCUUUAUCGAAACAAUCUCCAGAUACAUCUGAUGACUCACCAUCUGCCUUGGAAAUGGAGGAAAUCCCAGCUGCUUUGGUUUAUAUGCCUUCAGAGGAUAUUUUGGCCAAUGUUCCUAUUGCACUGGGUCCUCCGCUGGCUUUGACAAUGCCACCAGAGAAGAGUGCAGUAGGAAUGCCUGCUCUGGAGCUGUGCACUGACGCAGGUCAGAACACCAGCCCAGAGGCCACCGAAUCAGCCCUGUCUGAAGAAGAGCCAGAGAUGGACAGUUUGUUCCCCAAACCAGAUUCUCUAGCUGUAGGAGACCAUAAAACUGAUGUUGCAUCUCCAGUGUCCUCUAUUGGAACUACUUACUCUCAAGAGCUGCUAGACUUGUAUACCCUCAAUCUGCACCGUAUUGACAAAGACGUCCAAAGAUGUGAUAGAAACUAUUGGUAUUUUACUACUGCCAACCUUGAGAAACUACGUAACAUAAUGUGCAGCUAUGUUUGGCAGCAUCUAGAUAUUGGCUAUGUGCAGGGAAUGUGUGACUUGCUUGCACCUCUGCUUGUUAUUCUUGAUGAUGAGGCCAUGGCAUUUAGUUGCUUUACUGAGCUCAUGAAAAGAAUGAAUCAGAACUUUCCUCAUGGUGGAGCAAUGGACACUCAUUUUGCCAACAUGCGUUCCCUUAUUCAGAUUCUUGACUCUGAGCUUUUUGAGCUGAUGCAACAGAAUGGAGACUACACCCACUUCUACUUCUGUUACCGAUGGUUCCUCUUAGAUUUUAAAAGAGAAAUGGUGUACGAUGAUGUGUUCUCCGUAUGGGAAACCAUCUGGGCAGCCCGUACCAUCUCCUCUGGCCAUUUUGUGCUGUUUAUUGCCUUGGCACUGGUUGAAUUAUAUAGGGACAUCAUUCUGGAGAACAACAUGGACUUCACUGACAUCAUAAAGUUCUUCAAUGAAAUGGCUGAGCGGCAUGAUGUUCCACAACUUCUGGUGAUGGCCCGAGACUUAGUUCACAAAGUCCAGAUCCUCAUAGAGAACAAGUGAAAACCUUUCACCAUUGUUUUUCAUUAAUCAAAAAACCACUCGUGUUUGAUUAUUUUCAAAUUAUAUAUUUAGAUCCAAUGGUUAGAAACACCUUUCCACAGGGCAGGGAUUGACUUAAAUCCUUUCUAAUGUAAUUUAACUUGCUUGAAAGCAAUAAAUCCCAAUUAUAAACUACACAUUAGACAAGUCAUAAAAAGUAAUCCAUGGUAGAUUACACUCCUCUGAAGAGAAAUCUCAGUUACAUGAUUGUAAAAGAUCCUGGCUAUACAGUGUUUUCCAGCCUUGACCAUGGAGUACCCCAGCCUUAGAAGUUAGUUUUAUUUUCUCCUUCAACUUACCCAUACUGCAUCAGGGAGUCUUUUAAAUUAUCUGAUUAGUUGGAUAGGGUUUGUUGAAGCAGGAAAAAUCAAUGUUCAGGGCAGAAGCAUCCCAGGAGGAUAGCCAGGAACCAUGGGUAUCAGAAAAAUGAUGAUUCUAUGCUAGUAAUCAGAACAUUGGGCAUCAAAAUCCCAUGGAGUUAUUAGUUGACCCAUGAGCAACUCUGUUAUGUCUUAAUUGAAAUAAAUAUUGCCUUUUUUAAAAAAAAAAAAAAAAAUUAAAA